UAACCCACAAUCUGUUACUUUCAGGUCUUUGCAGAGCAAGUUUCCGUGGGAAAGAAUUCAUUACGGUCUUCAUGCAAAACUAUGACCAAAGUACCAGUGCAGAUUGCAAGCUGUUCAUCACUGGUUACCAUGCCUCCACUACGGUUACUGUGACGGUGAACAAGGAUAUGUUUCGGAGAGUGACGCCUGUUGGAGAAGCACAGACGGUGACCGUGCAGAUCCCAGCCUCGGUAGAGAUGUUUGGGAGCGAAACAUUUGAUAGCACCAUCCUGAUUCAGGCUGACAAAGACAUCUCUGUCCUGUCAGUUAACUCAAAGCCCAAUACCAUCGAUACCACUGUAGUGUAUCCCACUGAGAAGUUGGGUACUGUAUAUUACGUUGUAACUCCAGCUGACAAACACAGCUACAAAGAGUUUGCUGUCGUAGCAGGGCAGGCUCCCACUACAGUUGAUAUUUACUUGAAAAGGGCUGUAAUGUUCAAACAGGGGAACUAUGCUGCUGGGAGCAAACUCACUGUUGCCCUCACUCCCUACCAAGCCUUGCAACUGCAAAGCUCUGCGGAUUUAUCUGGCACCAAAAUCGAGUCUCGGGAACAUGUGGCCGUCUUGACUGGGCACAGCUGUGCUGCCCAAAACACUGCUUGUGAUCACGCUGUCGAGCAGCUCCUGCCCGUCUCCAGCUGGGGCAGCACAUACAUCGUCCCUCCUCUGUCCUUCCAGAACAAGUAUGACAUUGCGUACAUCGUCGCCUCCCAAAACACGCGCAUUGACUAUCAGUCAGGGCCCACACGAGCUUCCCGCAACAUAUUGGCCGGCCAGGUUGUUGAAUUUGAAGUCCAAGUCUCUCACUCACUUUACAUCUCUGCUAGUGCCAGCAUCCAGGUUCUUCUCUUCUUCACUGGUUCUAAAAAUGAGAAAUCCACGUAUGACCCGUUCCUCAUCAACAUCCCACCCGUCACGAACUACUGCCAGUCCUACCACAUUGAUGGGGUGAAGGAUUUUGAGAACCAUGUGCUGAUCAUAGUCAAGAGCUCAGAGUCCAGCAGGAUCACCUCUGAUCAGAGAGCCAUAGGAAAUGUCCAGUGGAGGCAGAUCCCUGGCACGGAGUAUUCUUGGGGAGAGUACAACUUCGGCACAAAGAUUAGUACACUUUCCAUACAGCACCCCACCUCUCCCUUCGGUCUGCUGAGCUUUGGAGGGAACAAUCACGGUGGAUAUGGCUCAGCUGGCCUUUGUGCACGCAGUAACCCGACCCUGUCCUGCAGCUCUGUUCAGUGCAGGAAGAAAGAGACGUGUCAGAUUGUAGAUGGCCGUCCGGAGUGUGUGGCUGAGUCAGAAUCCACCUGCUGGGCUCAGGGAGACCCACAUUAUCACACCUUCGAUGGGCGGAAUUUCGACUUCAUGGGCACCUGCACCUACACCAUCGCCAAGACCUGUGGCUCAGACUCAACUCUCCCGUCGUUCAGUGUCAAGGCCAAGAACGACAACAGGGGCAACACGCGUGUUUCCUAUGUUGGUUAUGUGACGGUUGAAGUCUAUAAUGUCACUGUCUCAGUGGUCAGAGAUGAGACUGGAUUUGUGAGGGUGAAUGAUCAGUGCUCCCGCCUUCCCAUCUCCCUGCUCGAGGGGAAGCUGAAGGUGUAUCAGAGUGGAGGUUAUGUGGUCAUUGAGACUGACUUUUCCCUGAGGGUCUCCUAUGACUGGAAGAGCUACCUGGUGGUGAAGAUCUCCAGCAGCUUCUCGGAGAGCGUGUGCGGCCUGUGUGGCAACUACAACGGGAAACCUGGGGAUGACUUUGCCACCCCCACGGGGGCACUAGCUGCCAGCCCCGUUGAGUUCGGGAAGAGCUGGAAGGUGGAGGAUGGGGACAGGUUCUGCUGGGACGACUGCCACGGGGAAUGCAAGAGCUGCUCCCCAGAGCUGGUCAGCAGGUUCAAAGCUGAGCCCUUCUGCGGCUGGAUCACCAAAGAGGGGAGUGGCCCCUUCAGCCGGUGCCACGCCGUGAUCGACCCCAAAAUCUACCUGGACAACUGCGUCUAUGACUUGUGCAUGAAUGAUGGCCGCAAGGAGAUGCUGUGCUGGGCGCUGACAACCUACGCUGAUGCCUGCCGGAGAGAGGGGGUGGCCAUCUCCGAGUGGAGGAUAUCCACAGGGACUGGGGAGCAGUGCCGGGUGGAGAAUGGCAUCCAGAACUGCUACCCCAUCAGCUACGGAACCUGCUCAGCUUCGGGGGAUCCUCACUACAUCAGCUUUGACGGGAAGAAGUUUGACUUCCAGGGCACCUGCCUGUAUCAGUUCGCCGGGAUGUGCAUCAAAAGCCAGGACCUGGUGGAUUUCCAGGUCCUAGUUCAGAACGACCAUCGGGGCAGCCAAGUUGUGUCCUUCACCAAAGUUGUGCAGGUCAAAGUCUAUGAGGUCGACAUUGUGAUCAGCAGGGAAAACCCUGGCAGAGUCAUGGUGGACGGGGUGUCCCACAACCUGCCUGUAGUCGUGGCUAAUGGGCAGCUUCAAGCAUAUCAGCACGGCGGGAACGUGCUGGUGCAAACGGACUUCGGCCUCACCGUGAGCUACGACCUGGUUUACCACGCCAGAGUCACCAUCCCAGGGAACUACCAGGGACAGACGUGCGGCCUGUGCGGGAACUACAACGGGCGUCGGGAUGACGAGUUCCUGCUCCCCAAUGGCAGGGCGGCCCCUAACGUGGUAGCGUUUGGUUCUGCCUGGAAAGUCCCGAUCCCGGGGGUGGCCUGUGAGGACGGAUGCGCCGGGAACAACUGCCCGGUCUGUGAGGAGAGGAAGAAGGAUGUCUUCAAACAGCGCAACUACUGCGGGUUGCUCACGGCCCCCGAUGGCCCCUUCGCCGCCUGCCACAGCACAGUCAGCCCCACUGUGUAUUUCAACAACUGCCUCUAUGAUCUGUGCCUGGGCAACGGGGACUCCCAGCUCCUGUGCCAGAGCAUCCACAGCUACGUGACGGCCUGCCAGGAUGCCGGGGCCCCCGUCCAGCCCUGGAGGAACGCCUCCUUCUGCCCUCUGCGCUGCCCGGCCAACAGUCACUACGAGGUGUGCGCCGACCUCUGCACCACCACCUGUGCCAGGAUCACCGAUGCCAGGAAGUGCCCAGACACCUGCGCCGAAGGCUGCCAGUGCGAUGAUGGCUUCCUCUUCGAUGGCCAGGGCUGCGUGGCUCUGCAGAGCUGUGGGUGCUUCAACAAGGGGAUAUAUUACAAGCCCAACAACACGGUCCUGAAGAACAAGUGCCAGCAAAGCUGCACCUGCAUUCCUUUCCAAGGAUUCACCUGCAAGGCCCACAGCUGUGCCAGUGAUGAAACCUGUGAGAUCAGAGAUGGAGUCAUGCAAUGCAUCAACAAAGAUCCUUGCAAAGUCCUGAAGUGCCGGACCAAGGAGACAUGCAAGAUCGAGAACGGCCGUGCAACGUGUGUUCCCAACUACACUGGAAUCUGCUGGGGCUGGGGGGACCCACACUAUCACACCUUUGAUGGGCUGAAAUUUGACUUCCAGGGCAUCUGCACCUACACCAUUGCCAAGUACUGUGGGACCGAUCCCACUCUGGUGCCCUUCACCAUCAAUGAGAAGAACGAUAACAGGGGGGGCAACCAGGCUGUCUCCUACGUGCGUCUGACCAACAUCUAUGUCUACGGGUACAUCAUCUCCAUCUACAAGAAGGAAGUUGGGAAAAUCAGAAUCAAUGACGUGAUCACCAGCUUGCCGGUGACCCUUGAAGACGGUAAAAUCAAGCUCUACCAGAGCGGUCUCAAUGCUAUCCUGCAGACAGACUUUGGUCUGCAGGUGUCAUAUGACUGGAAUUGGCACCUGAUCAUCACCCUCCCCAGCAGCUAUUAUGGGGCCAUGUGCGGCCUUUGUGGGGACUUCAACCAAAACCGUGCAGAUGACAUGACAUCACCCAAUGGCACCAGAGUCUCCUCCAUCGUGGAAUGGGCCAAGGGUUGGAAAGUCAAAGACCCAGACCCUUUCUGCUGGGAUUAUUGCCCAGGGAACUGCCCAACGUGCGAUGAGAGCAGGAAGGAGGCCUAUGGGGGCGACGAAUACUGUGGUUUGAUCAGCAAAGCACCGGGAGGGCCCUUCAGAGAGUGUCACCCCAAAGUGAGCCCAGAGGACAUUUUCGACAGCUGCAUCUACGACGUGUGUCUGAACGGGGGAGCCAAGAACAUCCUGUGCCAGGCGCUGGAGGCCUACGCAGCCAUCUGCAAGAAACAGGGCAUCACCGUCUAUGACUGGAGGACACCGUCCGGCUGUGUCCUGCCCUGCCCUGAGAACAGCCACUAUGAGGCCUGUGGGAACGCCUGCCCAGCCAGCUGCUCUGACCGAACUGCCCCCUCCUCCUGCCGGGAGCCCUGCGUGGAGACCUGCCAGUGUGACAAUGGUUACAUCCUCAGUGCUGGCCAGUGUGUCCCUGUGGGGAGCUGUGGCUGUGACUACAAUGGCCGCUACUACCAACCCAACGAGGAGUUCUGGGACGAUGAGAACUGCCGCUCUCGGUGCAGGUGUGACCCCAGCCUGGGCAUGGUGCUUUGCCAGGAGACCAGCUGCAAGGCCAGCGAGAGAUGCGCCGUGAUCAACGGGGUCCGUGACUGCCACGCAAUCAGCUACUCCACGUGCACGGCCUCCGGGGACCCUCACUACACCACCUUCGAUGGGGAAAAGUACGAUUUCAUGGGCACCUGCAUCUACCAGCUGGCUGGGGUCUGCUCCAAGGACCCCACGCUCACCCCAUUCAACGUCAAGGUGGAGAAUAACAACCGCGGCAGCAAGGCCGUGUCCUACACCAAAACGGUGACCUUGGAGGUCUACGGCAGAAACAUCACUGUCAGCCAGCAAUAUCCCCGCAAGAUCAAGGUGGAUGGAGUCUUCAUGGACCUGCCAUUCUACCAUGAGGAGAAGCUACAGGCCUACGUCAGUGGAUCCCACAUCGCCAUCAAGACCGCCUUCGACCUGAGGAUGACCUUCGACGGGAGCAGCGUGGUCCGGGUCACUGUUCCCAACACCUACACCAAUGCCCUCUGCGGCCUCUGUGGCAACAACAACCAAGCUGCCAGUGACGACCUGACCAUGAGGGACGGGAGCCGGGCAGCCAACGCUAUCCAGUUCGCAGAGAGCUGGAAGGUGGGGGAGGUCCCUGGAUGCUUGCCCAGUUGUACCAAGGACUGCCCAGUCUGCAGUGAGGCUCAGAGACAACCCUACAAGGGAGAUCGGUACUGCGGGAUCAUCACAAGAGGGGAUGGGCCAUUCAGAGAGUGCCAUGAGGUCAUCGACCCAGCCCCCUUCUUUAACGACUGCGUCUUUGAUACCUGCCAGUACAAGGGUCACCGUGACGCUCUCUGCAGUGCAAUCAGUGCCUACGUGACAGCCUGCCAGGCCAGGGGUAUCCAGAUAGGGCAGUGGAGAUCGGCCUCAUUCUGCAGCCCCACCUGCCCCCGUAACUUCCACUACGAGCUCUGUGGGAGCGGCUGCCCUGCCACCUGCCACGGCCUCUCGGCGCCGGACAGCUGCGAUGCCCCCUGUGCUGAAGGGUGUUUCUGCGACGCCGGGUUCCUCCUGAGCGGAGACCGGUGCGUCCCCAUCGCGCAGUGCGGCUGUGUGCACCAGGGCAGGUACUACAGGAAGGGAGAGGAGUUUUACGCCAGCGCCUCCUGCCAGAAACGGUGCCGGUGCAAAGACAACGGGAUCGUUGAGUGCCAGGAGGCCUCCUGCGGAGCCAAUGAGCAGUGCAGGGUGGAGAAUGGAAUCCUGGGCUGCCACGCCACAGGCUGCGGCAAAUGUGUUGUGUCUGGUGAUCGUCACUAUCUGACCUUUGACGGACGGGCCUUUGAUUUCCAGGGCACUUGCACUUACAGUUUAGCCAGAGUCUGUAGCAGUGACACUGGUCUGGCAAACUUCUCCGUGGUGGUAGAAAAUGAGAGCUACGGUAAUGGCCGAGUGUCAGUGGCACGGAUGGUGGUGGUCUCCGUUCAUGGUUACACCAUCACCAUGGAGAGGGGAAGGAAGUGGAAAGUCACGGUGGACGGGGAGCUCUACACUCUCCCGCUGACUAUGAACGACGGGAAACUUCAUAUCAACCAGGAGGGGAACAACAUCAUUGUCCAAUCUCCCUCUGGCCUCAGAGUCCUUUACGACACCUCCUAUUAUAUCCUAGUCUCCAUCCCCAGCUCCUACAAGGGACACGUGUGCGGCUUGUGCGGCAACUUCAACGGAGACAAGAAUGACGAUUUCCUGCUGCCCAGUGGGAAGAGCGCCCAGAACGCGGAUGAGUUCGGGGCCUCCUGGAAGGUGCCCGUUGAUGGUGCCACGUGCACCGACGGCUGUGGGGAAAGAUGCCCGGUCUGUGAUGCAGCUAAAACAGCGCCGUAUCAGGUCGAUAGCUCCUGUGGGCUGAUCAAAGCGACAUCAGGUCCCUUUCAAUACUGUCACUCACUGGUCAGCCCUACCGAGUAUUUCAACCAUUGUCUCUAUGACAUGUGUGCUGCCAAUGGAGCAAGAGAAAUCCUCUGCCAGAGUGUCCAGGCCUACGCGGCCGCAUGCCAGGCAGCUGGAGUCACAGUCAGUGCCUGGAGAACAGCCUCCUUCUGCCCUUUCACCUGCCCGGCCAACAGCCACUACGAGCUCUGCACUAGAUCCUGCGAUUUCACAUGUGCUGGCUUGUUCUCCCCUGCCCAAUGCACUGUGAAAUGCUUUGAAGGCUGCCAGUGCGACGCCGGCUACGCAUUCAAUGGGGAAACGUGCACGCCCAUGGAAGGAUGCGGCUGCGUGCGUGACGGACGCUACAUCAAGGCCGGGGAGAGCAUCAUCUCCAGUGCUUGCUCUGAGAAGUGCACCUGCCAGGCCUCAGGCGGACUCGUCUGCGAGCCACACAGCUGCCCCGACAAAGAGGUCUGUGCGCUCCAGGAUGGGGUGCGCGGCUGCGUGAAGCAGGAAGGCCGGUGCACACUAUUCCCCGGAGCCCAGCUCACCUCAUUCGACGGCGCCUCUGGAGGAGAUCUCCACAGUGGCGCUUACGAGCUGGCCUCUCUCUGCAAUGACAGCGCCCCCUCCUGGUUCAGGGUGGUGGUGGACGUCAGGGCAUGCGGCGACGGGGCAGUGAUGGCUGGGACGACCGCCUACAUUUUCUUCCGAGAUGCUUUCAUAGCUGUGAAAAGGAACAAGGAGACGUGGGUGAAUGGGCGCCUGGUGCAGCUGCCAGUGAAUGUCUCCGGUGCUGUGUCUGUGAGCAGGUCUCAGGGCGGCGUGGCCGUGGUCCAAGGCUCGGGGAUGCAGGUUCUGUUGAGCCCCAGUGGGGAGGUGACGGUGAGAGUCAGCGAGAGCCUGGCUAACAAGCUGUGUGCGUCCUGCGGGAACUUCAAUGGCGACGUCUCCGAUGACCUGCAGUUGCCCAGCGGGAAGGUUGCAGGAAACAUUGCUGAGGUCAUCGACGCCUGGAAGGCCAGAGACUUCUCUGGAUGCAAUGGCAAUGAAGGGGACGCUGCUGCUCUGUGCCUGGCUGGUGCUUCUGUGCGAGCAAGUUUCCGUGGGAAAGAAUUCAUUACGGUCUUCAUGCAAAACUAUGUCCAAAGUGUCAGAGCAGAUUGCAAGCUGUUCAUCACUGGUUACCAUGCCUCCACUACGGUUACUGUGACGGUGAACAAAGGUAAUACGUUUCGGAGAGUGACGCCUGUUGGAGAAGGACAGACGGUGACCGUGCAGAUCCCAGCCUCAGUAGAGAUGUUUGGGAGCAAAAUCUUUGAUAGCACCAUCCUGAUUCAGGCUGACAAAGACAUCUCUGUCCUGUCUGUUAACUCAAAGCCCAAUUCCAUUGCUACCACUGUAGUGUACCCCACUGAGAAGUUGGGUACUGUAUAUUACAUUGUAACUGCACCUGGUUUACAUUUAGGAAGCUACAAAGAGUUUGCUGUCGUAGCAGGGCAGGCUCCCACUACAGUUGAUAUUUACUUGAAAGGGGCUGUAAUGUUCAACCGGUGGAUGUAUGCUGCUGGGAGCAAACUCACUGUUGCCCUCGCUCCCUACCAAGCCUUGCAACUGCAAAGCUUAGUUGAUUUAUCCGGUACCAAGAUCGAGUCUCGGGAACCUGUGGCCGUCUUGACUGGGCACAGCUGUGCUGAAAAAUACACCGUUUGUGAUCACGCUGUCGAGCAGCUCCUGUCCGUCUCCAGCUGGGGCAGCACAUACAUCGUCCCUCCUCUGUCCUUCCAGAACAAGUAUGACAUUGCGUACAUCGUCGCCGCCCAAAACACGCGCAUUGACUAUCAGUCAGGGCCCACACGAGCUUCCCGCAACAUAUUGGCCGGGCGGGUUGUUGAAUUUGAAGUCCGAGUCUCUCACCCACUUUACAUCUCUGCUAGUGCCGGCAUCCAGGUUCUUCUCUUCUUCACUGGUGCUAAAAAUGGGAAAUCCACGUAUGACCCGUUCUUCAUCAACAUCCCACCCGUCACGAACUACUGCCAGUCCUACCACACUGAUGGGGUGAAGGAUUUUGAGAACCAUGUGCUGAUCAUAGUCAAGAGCUCAGAGUCCGGCAGGAUCACCUCUGAUCAGAGAGCCAUAGGAAAUGUCCAGUGGAGGCAGAUCCCCGGCACGGAGUAUUCCUGGGGACAGUACAGAUUCGGCACAGGGAUUAGUACCCUUUCCAUAGAGCACCCGACCUCUCCCUUCGGUCUGCUGAGCUUUGGAGGGAACAAUCACGGUGGAUAUGGCUCAUCUGGCCUUUGUGCACACAGUAACUCGACCCUGUCCUGCAGCUCUGUUCAGUGCAGGAAGAAAGAGACGUGUCAGAUUGUAGAUGGCCGCCCGGAGUGUGUGGCUGAGUCAGAAUCCACCUGCUGGGCUCAGGGAGACCCACAUUAUCACACCUUCGAUGGGCGGAAUUUCGACUUCAUGGGCACCUGCACCUACACCAUCGCCAAGACCUGUGGCUCAGACUCAACUCUCCCGUCGUUCAGUGUCAAGGCCAAGAACGACAACAGGGGCAACACGCGUGUUUCCUAUGUUGGUUAUGUGACGGUUGAAGUCUAUAAUGUCACUGUCUCAGUGGUCAGAUAUGAGACUGGAUUUGUGAGGGUGAAUGACCAGCGCUCCCGCCUCCCCAUCUCUGUGCUCGAGGGGAAGCUGAGGGUGUAUCAGAGUGGGGGCUCUGUGGUCAUCGAGACUGACUUCUCCCUGAGGGUCUCCUACAACUGGGGCAGCUCCCUGGUGGUGAAGAUCUCCAGCAGCUUCUGGGAGCAUGUGUGUGGCCUGUGUGGCAACUACAACGGGGAUGCCAGGGAUGACUUUGCCACCCCCACGGGGGCGCUGGCUGCCAACCCCGUGGAGUUCGGGAAGAGCUGGAAGGUGGAGGACGGGGACAGGUUCUGCUGGGACGACUGCCACGGGGAAUGCAAGAGCUGCUCCCCAGAGCUGGUUGACAGGUACAAAGCUGAGCCCUUCUGCGGCUGGAUCACCAAAGGGGCGGGUGGCCCCUUCAGCCGAUGCCACUCCGUGAUCGACCCCAAAAUCUACCUGGACAACUGCGUCUAUGAUCUGUGCAUGAACAAUGGCCUCAAGGAGAUGCUGUGCCAGGCACUGACGAGCUACGCCGAUGCCUGCCGGGGAGAGGGGGUGGAUAUCUCUGACUGGAGGAUGCCCACGGGGUGCUCUCUGCCCUGCCCAGAGAACAGCCAGUACCAGCUCUGUGGCUCCGCGUGUCCUGCCACCUGCAAUGACCAAGUGGCCCCUAACAACUGCUCCUUGCCCUGCGUGGAGACCUGCCAGUGCAAUGAGGGCUUCGUGCUGGAUGCUGGAAAAUGCAUCCCCAAGGCUGGAUGUGGGUGUGAGUUCCAGGGGCACCUGUAUGCUCCCGGAGAGCAAUUCUGGGGGGACGGUGCCUGCACCAGACGGUGCCUCUGUGACCCCCAAACCAGGCAAGUGAGCUGCCAGGCCACAGGGUGCAGGACUGGGGAGCAGUGCCGGGUGGAGAAUGGCAUCCAGAACUGCUACCCCAUCAGCUACGGAACCUGCUCAGCUUCGGGGGAUCCUCACUACAUCAGCUUUGACGGGAAGAAGUUUGACUUCCAGGGCACCUGCCUGUAUCAGUUCGCCGGGAUGUGCAUCAAAAGCCAGGACCUGGUGGAUUUCCAGGUCCUAGUUCAGAACGACCAUCGGGGCAGCCAAGUUGUGUCCUUCACCAAAGUUGUGCAGGUCAAAGUCUAUGAGGUCGACAUUGUGAUCAGCAGGGAAAACCCUGGCAGAGUCAUGGUGAACAACGUGCUGAUCAACCUACCAUAUAGCACCAACAACAGCAAGAUCUCCAUAUACCGGAGGGGGCAGGAAGCAGUGAUCCAGACUGACUUCGGUCUCACCGUCGCCUUUGACUGGCAGGGCCGGAUCACUGUCACUGCUCCAAGCACCUACGCUGGAGCCGUGUGCGGUCUCUGUGGGAACUUCAACGGGGACAAGGGAGAUGAGUUGACCACGAGGGGCGGCACAUUGGCCCCAAACCCAACGGCCUUUGGGCAGAGUUGGAAGGUGAAGGAUAUCCCUGGCUGUGUGGAGGUUGCCAAGGACGAGUGCUCAGAUCUAGCAGCUGUUGAGAGACGCCAAAGAGGAAUGAAUGGGGAGUGUGGAAUGCUCCUAGACAAGAGCGGCCCCUUCCGAGAGUGUCACAGCAAAGUCGACCCCGAGGGCUACUUCCAAGACUGUGUGUACGAUUAUUGCUUCUUCAAAGGCCAACAAGCUGUGACAUGCCAGCUUAUCACCAGCUAUGCCACAGCCUGUCAUGCUGCUGGGGUGACUAUAUAUGCCUGGAGGACCAACUCCUUCUGCAGUCUCCCCUGUGCCCAAAACAGCCACUACGAGGUCUGUGCCCGGGGCUGCCAGUCGACCUGCAGCAGCCUCUACGCCCCAGUUCAGUGCUCGUCCCAGUGCUGGGAAGGCUGCGUGUGUGAUGAAGGCUUUGUGCUCAGCGGUGAUGAGUGCGUCCCUAUAUCCCAGUGUGGAUGUGUCUACCUGGGAUUGUAUUAUAAGGCUGGAGAGACCUUCCACCCAACGUGCCAGGAGCAGUGUGUGUGCCAGGCCAGCGGAGACGUGGUGUGUAAGGGGUUGACCUGCCGCCCUUAUGAGGAGUGCAAGCUGGUGAAUGGCAUCCGGAAAUGCCAGCCUGUUGGAUCCGCAACGUGCUCCGCAGCCGGAGACCCCCACUACCUCUCCUUCGAUGGGGUUGCCUUCGAUUUCCAAGGCACCUGCACCUACAUCCAGGCCAAGACCUGCACCAACACCGGGAACCUGACGUCCUUUGCCGUGAAGGUGGAGAAUGUGCCCUGGGGCAUUGGGAAGGGGUCUGUCACCAAGCUGAUGUCCGUGGAGGUCUACGGGCUCACGCUCACCCUGCUGCAGAACAAGAAGGGGCUUGUGGACGGGGUGUCCCACAACCUGCCUGUGGUCGUGGCCAAUGGGCAGCUCCAAGCAUAUCAGCAUGGCGGGAACGUGCUGGUGCAAACGGACUUCGGCCUCACCGUGAGCUACGAUCUGGUUUACCACGCCAGAGUCACCGUCCCAGGGAACUACCAGAGCCAGAUGUGCGGCCUGUGCGGGAACUACAACGGGCGUCGGGAUGACGAGUUCCUGCUCCCCAAUGGCAGGGCGGCCCCUAACGUGGUAGCGUUUGGUUCUGCCUGGAAAGUCCCGAUCCCGGGGGCUGCCUGUGAGGAUGGAUGCGCCGGGAACAACUGCCCGGUCUGUGAGGAGAGGAAGAAGGAUGUCUUCAAACAGCGCAACUACUGCGGGCUGCUCACGGCCCCCGAUGGCCCCUUCGCCGCCUGCCACAGCACAGUCAGCCCCACUGUGUAUUUCAACAACUGCCUGUAUGAUCUGUGCCUGGGCAACGGAGACUCCCAGGUCCUGUGCCAGAGCAUCCACAGCUACGUGACGGCCUGCCAGGAUGCCGGGGCCCCCGUCCAGCCCUGGAGGAGCACCUCCUUCUGUCCUCUGCGCUGCCCGGCCAACAGUCACUACGAGGUGUGCGCCGACCUCUGCACCACCACCUGUGCCAGGAUCACUGACGCCAGGAAGUGCCCAGACACCUGCGCCGAAGGCUGCCAGUGCGACGAUGGCUUCCUCUUCGAUGGCCAGGGCUGCGUGGCUCUGCAGAGCUGUGGGUGCUUCAAGAAGGGGAUAUAUUACAAGCCUAAUGAGACAGUUCUGACCAACAAGUGCCAGCAAAACUGCACCUGCAUUCCUGCCCAAGGGGUGACCUGUGAAGCCCACAGCUGCGCCAGCGAUGAAACCUGUCAGAUCAGAGAUGGAGUCAUGCAAUGCAUCAACAAAGAUCCCUGCAAUGUCCUGACAUGUCGGGCCAAGGAGACGUGCAAGAUCGAGAACAGCCAUGCGAAGUGUGUUCCCGAUUUCAUUGGAACCUGCUGGGGCUGGGGGGACCCGCACUAUCACAGCUUCGACGGGCUGAACUUCAAUUUCCAGGGCACCUGCACCUACACCCUGGCCAAGUACUGCGGGACCGACCCCACCCUGGUGCCCUUCACCAUCGAUGAGAAGAACGACAACAGGGGGGGCAACCAGGCUGUCUCCUAUGUGCGUCUGACCAACAUCUACGUCUAUGGGUACAACAUCUCCAUCCACAAGAAGGAAGUUGGGAAAAUCAGAAUCAAUGAUGUGACCACCAGCUUGCCGGUGACCCUUGAAGAUGGUAAAAUCAAGCUCUACCAGAGCGGUCUCAAUGCUAUCCUGCAGACAGACUUUGGUCUGCAGGUGUCGUAUGACUGGAAUUGGCACCUGAUCAUCACCCUCCCCAGCAGCUAUUAUGGGGCCAUGGGCGGCCUUUGUGGGAACUUCAACCAAAACCGUGGAGAUGACAUGACGUCUCCCAACGGCACCAGAGUCUCCUCCAUUGUGGAAUGGGCCAGGAGCUGGAAAGUCAAAGACCGGGACCCCUUCUGCUGGGAUGAUUGCAAAGGGAAAUGCCCAACGUGCGAUGAGAGCAAGCAGAUGAUCUACGGGGGCGACGAAUACUGUGGUUUGAUCAGCAAAGCACCGGGAGGGCCCUUCAGAGAAUGUCACUCCAAAGUGAGCCCAGAGGACAUUUUCGACAGCUGCAUCUACGACGUGUGUCUGAACGGGGGAGCCAAGAACAUCCUGUGCCAGGCGCUGGAGGCCUACGCAGCCAUCUGCAAGAAACAGGGCAUCACCGUCUAUGACUGGAGGACACCGUCCGGCUGUGUCCUGCCCUGCCCUGAGAACAGCCACUAUGAGGCCUGUGGGAACGCCUGCCCCGCCAGCUGCUCCGACCGAACUGCCCCCUCCUCCUGCCGGGAGCCCUGCGUGGAGACCUGCCAGUGUGACAAUGGUUAUGUCCUGAGUGCCGGCCAGUGCGUCCCCGUGGGGAGCUGUGGCUGUGACUACAAUGGCCGCUACUACAAACCCAGUGAGGAGUUCUGGGCCGAUGAGAACUGCCGCUCUCGGUGCAGGUGUGACCCCAGCCUGGGCAUGGUACUUUGCCAGGUGACCAGCUGCAAGACCAGCGAGAGAUGCGCCGUGAUCAACGGGGUCCGUGGCUGCUACCCAAUCAGCUACUCCACCUGCACGGCCUCCGGGGACCCUCACUACACCACCUUUGACGGGAAAAAGUACGAUUUCAUGGGCACCUGCAUCUACCAGCUGGCUGGGGUCUGCUCCAAGGACCCCACGCUCACCCCGUUCAACGUCAAGGUGGAGAAUAACAACCGCGGCAGCAAGGCCGUGUCCUACACCAAAGUGGUGACCUUGGAGGUCUACGGCAGAAACAUCACUGUCAGCCAGCAAUAUCCCCGCAAGAUCAAGGUGGAUGGAGUCUUCAUGGACCUGCCUUUCUACCAUGAGGAGAAGCUACAGGCCUACGUCAGUGGAUCCCACAUCGCCAUCAAGACCGCCUUCGACCUGAGGGUGACCUUCGACGGGAGCAGCGUGGUCCGGGUCACUGUUCCCAACACCUACACCAACGCCCUCUGCGGCCUCUGUGGCAACAACAACCAAAGUGCCGGUGACGACCUGACCAUGAGGGACGGGAGCCAGGCAGCCAACGCCAUCCAGUUCGCAGAGAGCUGGAAGGUGGGGGAGGUCCCUGGAUGCUUGCCCAGUUGUACCAAGGACUGCCCAGUCUGCAGUGAGGCUCAGAAAAAACCCUACAAGGGAGAUCGGUACUGCGGGGUCAUCACCAGAGGGGACGGGCCAUUCAGAGAGUGCCACGGGGCCAUCGACCCAGCCUCUUUCUUCGACGACUGCAUCUUUGACGCAUGCCAGUACAAGGGUCACCGUGACGCUCUCUGCAGUGCAAUCAGUGCCUACGUGACGGCCUGCCAGGCCAAGGGCAUCGAGAUAGGGCAGUGGAGAUCAGCCUCAUUCUGCAGUCCCACCUGCCCCCGUAACUUCCACUACGAGCUCUGUGGGAACGGCUGCCCUGCCACCUGCCACGGCCUCUCGGCGCCGGAUGGCUGCGACGCCCCCUGUGCUGAAGGUUGUUUCUGCGACGCCGGGUUCCUCCUGAGCGGAGACCAGUGCGUCCCCAUCGCGCAGUGCGGCUGUGUGCACCGGGGCAGGUACUACAGGAAAGGAGAGGAGUUCUACGCCAGCGCCUCCUGCCAGGAACGGUGCCGGUGCAAAGACAACGGGGUCGUUGAGUGCCAGGAGGCCUCCUGCGGAGCCAACGAGCAGUGCAGGGUGGAGAACGGAGUCUUGGGCUGCCACGCCACAGGCUUUGGCAAAUGUGUAGCAUCUGGUGACCCUCACUAUCUGACCUUUGACGGACGGGCCUUUGAUUUCCAAGGCACUUGCACUUACAGCUUAGCCAGAGUCUGCAGCAGUGACGCUGGGCUGGCAAACUUCUCCGUGGUGGUAGAAAAUGAGAGCUACGGUAAUGGCCGAGUGUCAGUGGCACGGAUGGUGGUGGUCUCCGUUCAUGGUUACACCAUCACCAUGGAGAGGGGAAGGAAGUGGAAAGUCAUGGUAAGUCCCUGUCUGAGCUUAUUCUCAUUGUAG